GCACGCCCGAGACAGUCUCGCGAGAAGGGCCGCGCAGACGGGAAAAAUGGCGCCUCCCAGUCCCCAGCAGCCCAAGGUCUCGUCUGCAACCAGCGCGGCCACAUCCGACGGGGAGAUGGUGCUGCCGGGCUUCCCGGACGCAGACAGCUUCGUGAAGGUCAGUUGCAGGGUCUCGGGACACCGGGAGGCGCCGCGGCCGCCCGGAAGCGGACGCGGGCAUCGCGGCAGCCCGCGCGCGCGUCGGGGAUCCUCUGCCGCUCGCUGCCGUCUCGCUGCGCCCUGCGGGCAUCGGGCCCCCGGCGUCGAGGGACGCCAGCCCAUGAGCAGGGUAAUGCAGUACCACGGGUGUCGCAGCAACAUUAAGGAUCGAAGUAAAGUGACUGAGUUGGAGGACAAGUUUGACUUACUAGUUGAUACCAAUGAUGUCAUUCUGGAGAGAGUGGGUAUUUUACUGGAUGAAGCAUCAGGUGUAAAUAAGAAUCAACAGCCUGUGCUCCCUGCAGGAUUACAGGUCCCGAAAACAGUCGUGUCUAGCUGGAACCGCAAGGCAGGAGAAUAUGGCAAAAAAGCAAAAUCUGAAACUUUCCGGCUGCUUCAUGCAAAAAACAUCAUUCGACCUCAGCUCAAGUUUCGAGAGAAGAUCGACAAUUCCAAUACGCCAUUUCUUCCAAAAAUCUUCAUCAAACCCAACGCUCAGAAGCCGCUCCCUCGGGCUCUCUCUAAAGAGAGGCGGGAUUGCCCACAGGAUCGUCCUGAGGACUUGGACGUCCCCCCUGCACUGGCAGAUUUCAUCCAUCAGCAGAGAACACAGCAGGUGGAGCAGGACAUGUUUGCACAUCCCUAUCAAUAUGAACUAGAUCACUUUACUGCACCAGAUUCAGUGCUUCAAAAACCACAGCCCCAGUUAUACAGGCCUGUGGAGGAGACACCCUGCCAUUUUGUGUCCUUCCUGGAUGAACUUGUGGAACUCAACGAGAAGCUCUUGAGUUGUCAGGAAUUUGCAGUAGAUUUGGAGCACCACUCUUACAGGAGCUUCCUAGGACUGACCUGCCUGAUGCAGAUUUCCACUCGGACAGAAGACUUCAUCAUUGACACCCUUGAACUUCGAAGUGACAUGUACAUUCUCAAUGAGAGCCUCACAGACCCAGCUAUUGUUAAGGUCUUCCAUGGUGCCGAUUCAGACAUAGAAUGGCUACAGAAAGACUUUGGCUUGUAUGUAGUAAACAUGUUUGACACCCAUCAGGCAGCACGCCUUCUUAACCUGGGCAGGCACUCCCUGGAGCAUCUGCUGAAACUCUACUGCAGCGUGGAGUCAAACAAGCAGCAUCAGCUGGCUGACUGGAGAAUACGCCCCCUGCCCGAGGAAAUGCUCACCUACGCCCGUGAUGAUACCCACUACCUGCUGUACAUCUACGACAGGAUGAGGCUGGAGCUGUGGGAGCGCAGCAACGACCAGCCGGUGCAGCUGCAGGUGGUAUGGCAGCGGAGCAGGGACAUCUGCCUCAAGAAAUUUGUCAAACCUAUCUUUACGGAUGAGUCCUAUCUUGAACUAUACAGAAAGCAGAAGAAGCAUCUGAACACGCAGCAGUUGACAGCCUUCCAGCUGCUGUUUGCCUGGAGGGAUAAGACAGCUCGCAGGGAAGAUGAGAGUUAUGGAUAUGUUCUGCCAAACCACAUGAUGCUAAAGAUAGCUGAAGAGCUGCCCAAGGAACCUCAGGGUAUCAUAGCUUGCUGCAACCCGGUACCACCCCUUGUACGGCAGCAGAUCAACGAAAUGCAUCUUCUAAUCCAGCAGGCUAGGGAGAUGCCCCUGCUCAAGUCCGAAGUUGUAGCUGGAGUGAAGAAGAGCGGACCACUGCCCAGUGCUGAGAGACUGGAGAAUGUUCUCUUUGGACCUCACGACAGCUCCCACGCCCCUCCAGAUGGCUAUCCGAUCGUGCCAACUGAUGGAUCUGUGCCAGUUCAGAAACAGGCAAGCCUCUUCCCUGUCCAGAAAGAAGAGACCUUACCAGAUACCAAAUGCCUUAUUGCUACAGCUGUCAUCACAUUAUUUAAUGAACCUAGUGCUGAAGAAAAUAGAAAGGCUUCAUUAACAGCUGCACAGAAAAGAGCCCAGAACAUAAUGGAGUCCUUUGAAAACCCUUUCAGGAUGUUCCUGCCUUCACUGGGACACCGGGCUCAUGUCUCCCAGACAGCCAAGUUCGAUCCAUCAACGAAAAUCUACGAAAUCAGCAAUCGUUGGAAGCUGGCAAGUCAGGUACAGGCACAAAAAGAAUCUAAAGAAAUUCUCAAGAAGAAGGCAGCUGAGCAAACAGCCGCCCGGGAACCGGCGAAGGAGGAGUACAAGGCCGUGGCGCAGCAGGCUGUCUCUGCGCGACAGCAGGCCAUGCUAGAAAACGCUGCCAAGAAGAGAGAGCGGACAGCAAGUGACCAGAGGACCACAGAGCAGAAGCAAGAGAAGAAACGACUCAGAACAUCCAAGAAGCCAAAGGACCCAGAUCCACCCGGAAAGGACUUUACCCCAUACGACUACAGCCAGUCAGACUUCAAGGCUUUUGCUGGAGACAGCAAGUCCAAACCUUCUUCCCAGUUUGAUCCAAACAAGCAGACCCAGUCUGGCAAGAAAUGCAUUGCAGCCAAAAAACUUAAACAAUCAACAGGAAACAAAAGCAUGUCCUUUCCAACUGCAAAAUCAGACAGAGGCUUCAGGUACAACUGGCCACAGAGAUAGUGUCAGAAGAGACCCUGACCCCAUGGACUGGAAGCACCAAAUGCUGGGGCUGCUUUUGUACAGACUCUUUUUUAAAACAUUAAAAGUCAUUCUUACUGGGGGAAA